AUGGUGGUUUUUGGUUUCUCGGGAGCUUUUAAUGCUUGCAUCGUUCUUGCAUCCUUGCAUUCGGCUGUUGCUGCUGCGAAUGAUAUUGAUAGACCGCUCUAUGUCAGGGCGGAUAAGAACUGGGGAUACAAUAGCAAGGCCGACACAGCACACAUCAUCCGCGAAAACCAUCUCGAGAAAUGGUGUUCCACAUGGCUCGGCCACCCGUCGAAGCCGGCGCCAGUCACAGUUUCAGUGACCUCUACCAAGACUCAGAAGGUCCACACCACGGAGAUUGUGACAAAGACUUUCACCAUCACGAAGGGGACUACUACUGUUACGACGGAUGUCACGGUGACAAAUGAUGCUACUGAUAGGGUCGUUGGGACAGACUAUGUUAUGGAGACGGACCUGGGGUAUGCUACUGAUAUCGCAACGACGACUGUGACGAGUGUGGUGGGGACGUCGACUGUUACUUCUGUGGCGGCGACGGAGACGGUUGUAACUGUUACUGGGGAGUCGACUGUUGUGGUUACUGCCACCGUGACGGAUCCUAACACUGUGACAUCAACAUCAACCUUCCUCUUCACCCCAACCCUCGGCCCCCUGAUGACCGCAUCAGCGAGGGCUGCUCCUCCGUCAUUGGCGGGCCCAAAGCAGGGCACACAAUCACCAAGGUCAUCGCAACCACCACCAUCACAAACACGCACUCCAAGACGCACACCAGCUUCAGGUGGCCAUGUCGUCGUCCCUAAGGAAACCGUGACUGUGACAUCCACCAUCACCGAGCAGGCCACAAACGACAUCACCGCAACACUCACCACAAUCCUCACCACCACCGCCACACUCUCUUCUACAACCUCCAUCAUCGCCCCCUCCACCGUCCUCACCACCGAGCUCUCCACCUCCACCACUAUCAUCCCCACCAUCACAACCAUCACCACAACCACCACUAGCAUCACUACCCCUACUACAACCGUCACAGUAAUAUCCACCCGCUGCCCCGCGCCCCCGGCCUCCCGCAUCACCGGCACCGACGGCGUCCAAGUCCCCGACAACAAUGCCCCCGGAAGGCUGCAGUUCCCAGACGUGAAGGGCAGCGAGGAGUGUUGUCUUGCCUGCUGGGGGCCGGGCAGAGUGGAGGGGUGCUCGGCGUGGGCGUCGGGGCCGAAUUAUUGCUUCUUGAUCGCGGCGGUGGAGGGGCCCGGGGCUACGGAUGUGUGUCCCGCGGGAUUGGGGGGCGGGGUGUUGUAUUAUUCGCCGGGGAGGAUGGAUGCGGUGGGCGGGCCGGGGCCGUGCGCGGGGGCGAGUUUUAGGACGUCGAAUUAA